GUAGAUACUCCUCCUCCGUACUGGAAAUACUCCGUGUCGGCUAUAGGACGGGUAUAUAAACCCCUCCUCAGUGAAUACUACGACCAGGUAGAGACUCUAAUUCAGAUUUCAUAGUAAUCAUGGCCCCUCCAGAUGUGUUGAUGGUCGGCACCGGCGAGUACACCACCGGCUUCGUCGGCGGAGCUGCCUCAGGCUCCGACAAGAAGGUCGGCGUCGUGGGCCUGACCAUGUUCGACCUGCGGCGACGGGGGAAGGUGGGCAAGUUGAGCAUGGUGGGAGUAUCUGGGAAGAAAUACCCCGGGAUUCGUAAGAACAGACUUACUAAUAAAGCUAGGAGAAGUAAGAAGGCAAUGCUGAUGAAGAGACUAGGAAACCACCUGCACAAGAACAUCUCGGAAGCGUACAACGGACUGGACGUCUCGUUCACCUCCUUCCCGGCAGACGACCAAACCGAUCCAGACGCCUACAAGGCCGCGAUUGACGCCCUGUCGCCCGGCUCGGCCAUCACCAUCUUCACGCCCGACACGACGCACUUCCCCAUUGCGCUGUACGCGAUCGAGCGCGGCAUACACGUGCUCAUCACCAAGCCCGCGACCAAACUGCUCGCCCACCAUCUCGAGCUGCUGGAGGCGUCCCGCAAGCACAACGUCUUCGUGUUUGUCGAGCACCACAAACGCUUCGACCCGGCGUACGCCGACGCGCGCAACCGCGCAAAGUCCCUAGGCGACUUCAACUACUUCUACAGCUACAUGAGCCAGCCCAAGAGCCAGCUGCAGACCUUCAGCGCCUGGGCAGGCAAGGACUCCGACAUCUCCUACUACCUCAACUCGCACCAUAUCGACAUCAACGAAAGCAUGGUCCCCGAUUAUACGCCUAUCAGAGUCACCGCGUCGGCGUCAGCCGGCACCGCCGCCGCCUUGGGUUGCGUCCCGGAGACGGAAGAUACCAUCACCCUCCUCGUUGACUGGAGACGAAAGGAUGAUCCCUCCAAGCUUGCCUCGGGCGUUUAUACUGCUUCCUGGACUGCGCCGCAGGGGGCAGGCGUCCACUCGAACCAAUACUUCCAUUAUAUGGGAGCCAAAGGAGAAAUCCGCAUCAACCAAGCCAAACGCGGCUACGACGUCACAGAAGAUGAAGCCGGGCUGACCUGGUACAACCCCUUCUAUAUGCGCUACGCUCCCGACGAAGAAGGCAAUUUCGCCGGCCAGACAGGAUACGGAUACAUCAGUUUCGAGAAGUUUGUCGACGCAGUCACGGCCUUGAACGAGGGGCGCGUCACCCUCGCAGAGUUGGAUGCCAGGCCUCUGCCCACCUUGCAAAAUACGAUUGCCACCACGGCCAUUCUGAACGCGGGGCGUAUCUCUCUGGAUGAGAGGCGUCCGGUGGAGAUUGUUUCCGAGGCUGGCAAGUGGGAGUUGAAGUGAUAUCUAAAGAAUCAACUGUUACUAUUAAACGAAGAAUCAACUCUUAUUAAAUAGAUUCACUGUAUAAAACUGUAAUUAUCGACGCAGCUUGCGCACUUUCCGAC